UUUAUAAAAUAGUGUAUAUAAUAAUCUGCCACUAUAUGGCAAUGUACUACACUAUUAUUUCCAAAUCUACACUGAGUUUCCUGUUUGUUUUUUUUACUCACUGACUCACCUACUAAUUUAUUUAGCUCCUGCAAAUAACCUACUCUGGAGAACCAUAAAGGUUUAAUGUUAGUCUUCUAAUAUUCCUAAGAUUGCAUAAAGAGGGAGGAUACACUAAUACAAAUGUCGAAACCAACAUUAGAAAAAUAAAUGAGUAAGAGCUACAGGUAUAGUAACAACAAUGGCAAAGUAUUAGUAAUGGUUACAACAAUAAGCAGUUCUUUAGCAGUUGUACAAGGAAGUGAAACAUUUCCUGGAAAAUGAAACAUAAAGGUGAGUGUCAUGGGUGUGGUGCACAUACUGAACUAUCUGUCUGACUGCUCAAACACGGUGAUCGUCGCUCUAGAAGGUUUUCUCGAAUUUGUUGAACCAUGGAAACCGGAACGAUCAGCGAAUCGAACACACAAAAGAAAGCUUUCACAAAGAGGAAAUGCAGUAAAAGUUACUUUCAACAAGAAAUCAAAAAGAUUGAAGACUUAAGAUCAGCCGGUUUAUUAUUAAUCAAUUGCUUACUGGUAAAGGUAAUAAAAAACAAAAAACUGGACAAUCUCUUUGUCCACAUUGAUGAGAUGCUUCAUAGCAUUUUCUUCCUCGGGUACAUUUAUAACCCCAAGUUGACUCCCAGUGAGUUCUUCAGAAAAUCUACAAUAGAUAAAUUGAAGGAAUUGUUUCCUGAGUCAUCACAAAAUCUUACACUUGAAUUGAAGGAUGAAUUGAUGGAAUUGUUUCCUGAGCCAUUUGAGAAGUACAAAAGUCAUCUGCCAACUCGCACACCCUUUUCCAUUCUGCUAAACAUGAUGGAGAUACUUUAUGGCACUGAAGACAAAAUAAAAGAAAAUCUUCAGCUUCUGCUUAAAGAACUCAAAUUCCCAUACCCCCUUCACAAGUCAGGCGAUGAAUAUCAGCAUUAUUACACACUGGAGGCGACAGUAAUCUGUGUGUGUUAUUCAGAAACUCAUUUACAAAAGAAGUACUACGGGGCAUCUCUUUCCUGCAGAUUACGAAAGGCAAAGAGAAUUUUGAUCGACCUGUCUUGUCUUAAAACAUGGCAUGAGUUUGUAUCUCAUGCAGUCAUGUCAUUUACUUCAGGAGAUCGGUACAAUGGCAUAACAUUCCCUGAGUCAGUGAAAUGUCAGGCGUACAUUAGAGACUGGAAUGAAAAUGUUUAUAGAAAAAGACGUCCAUGUUUAAAUUGUGCACAACUGUUUAAUCUACAAGAUGCAGACUUAGGUAGCGUGAAUCAUCCCUAUGGGAACUGUGCUGAGACAGAGUGCUUGAGCAAACUACUUUGCGAUAAUAAAGACAUACGAGAGAACACACGGAUGGAAAAUCAUACAGAGGAAAACUUGGAGAAUCUCAGAGAUUCAACAAAAGCACGCGUGCUAAAUGAUCUUGCUGAGGUUGGCAUUCAAAUGAAUAAUGAGAAUUUUCUCUUCUACAGCCCAAUGCCAAUGCCACCUUUCUAAGUAUACUAGUAGUUAUAUCAUACACUUUCUGUCAAACUGUCAAUCAAAGUGUUGUGUGUGAUAAUUUAUGACCCUCUGUGCUUCCCUGACUGACAGGUCUGUAGGGGUGGUGAGGGGGGUAACCCUAUGUAGUUUAUCAGAUGAUCAAUCUGGCUCCUUUGUGUCUGGGGGUGUUGUGGAGAGGUGUGUGUUGGGGGGGGGGGGAUAGUCCCCCUCCCAACGAAAGGUGUUUAUGUUAAUGAGUUUGGUUUUUGGUGGGGUAAAACACGUAUGAAAAUAAAUGAUGUUUUAAUAUGGGGAUGUGUUUGUGUUACUUUGUGGCGUUAUUUCGUUUGUGUAAACACAUUGUUAGAAAAGCAUGAUGUUUGAAUGUGUACAUAUAUGAGUAGAAUAUUUGUUUUGUGAAAUAAAUGAAAACAAUUGUUGAUUAUGUUUUUUAGGGAUCCCGUUUUACCUUUGAAUAAAAAGUUUAGAGUUAAA